AAAAUGGCCCAACUUUGAUAAGCAAAAUCAAGCCCAAACAAAAAACUCUCUCUUUUCUCUCUCUCAUAUACAAUCGGUCUCCUCUCUCUCCUCGUAUCUCUCACUCUCUCUCAAUCUCACAGAUACGCACACACAUCCCCCACCGCUUCCUCCUCCAGCGAAGGGCCGUCUUCGACCACCUACGCCACAGGCAUCUCCUCCGUCUCACCUCUCGCUCCCUGUCUACCCCCUUCUAUCACUCAGCGCGCACGGCGAGGCUGCACAUGCAGCGCCGCCUCCGUCGCUACGCCGCCGCCGCAGUCACCAUCUCCACGCCUUCCAUCUGUAAUUUUCGGCCUUGCUACCUCUCGUUUUGCUACCCGAGGUCGUUGUAGUUGCUGCUCUCGUCGCAGUUGCGCUCCUACUGGCGGUGCUACAGGUGCCGCUGCAACUGCCCCUGCUGUCGAAGAAAAGAAGGUGCGCCCCUGUUGUCGAAGAAAAGAAGAAAAAAAGAAAAUGGAUAUGUCAGAGAUAGCUACGAAAUUAGGCCUCUCUCAAUCCAAAUACGUCGUCCGUAAGGCCGCCGAGCUCCGCCGCCUCGCCGACAUCCAGUUCGAUUCCUCCAUAAUCGGCGUCGGUGAGAUUUGCAAGGCCGUAAUUUGCCUCGAGAUUGCCGCAUCUAGAAUGGAAGUUUUGUUUGACCGACAUGCGGCGAUAAAGCUGAGUGGUGUGUCCGAGAAGGCUUACAACCGAUCCUUUAACGCAAUGCAGAAUGGGAUUGGUGUCAAGAAUAAACUUGAUUUAAGAGAACUAACCAUUCAAUUUGGCUGUGUACGGCUCAUCCCUUUUGUGCACAAGGGCCUCUCAUUGUAUAAGGAUCAGUUUCUUGCUUCGUUGCCUCCUUCUCGAAGGGGUGGUACUGAUUUUAAUCGGCCGGUUUUUACUGCAGUAGCAUUCUACCUUUGUGCCAAGAGACACAAGCUAAAGGCAGACAAAUUCAAGCUGAUUGAGCUUGCCGGCACAUCAGAAUCUGAAUUUUCUAGUGUAUCUACUUCGAUGUUAGACCUAUGCUUUGAUGUGUUUGGGAUAGCAAAGGAGAAGAAGGAUGCCAGGAAAAUCAAAGGCAACCGAGAGCUUAUUGAUGCAUUACCUGAAAAGAGAAGGCUAGAGGAUGGUGGCUACUCUUCCGGUGAUAGUGAAGAGUCUCCAGCCUACAAGAAGCGCAAGCAAAUGGAUAAACGCGAUCAUGAUGAGUGGAAAUCGGCUGUUUUGAAGUCUAACAAACUUGGCAAGGCUCAAUCUACUGCAAAGCUAAUGAAAAGCAGACAGAGCAGACUUGAUUUUCUGAAGAGGACUCCUGAAACUGUAGCAGAGGCCUUGUGAUCCAUCUCUAUGCAUUCUUCAAUCAUAGAUGAUGUUUUGGUUGCACAGCCAUUUAAUUUUUUAUUUUUGUUUCAUUUUUGCUA